CUGGCGUAUGCAGUUGUGGCACAUCUGGUAUUUAAUAUCUGUGGCACUUGCAUCUUUACAACUGCAAGUCAGAAUAACUAUCCUGGCGCUGAAGCGUUGAAUCGUAUUCAGCGCACUGCGUCUCAAGACCGGUUGAAGCCAGUAUUGGUUCACAUUGAUGGUUAUGCAGCUCAGACAGGCAUCAGUCGAUUCCUAGAAGAUUUUGAUGCAUGGGAGUACAAUAAAACGGAAAAUCUGGAUAUUUCCGAUCUGAUUCGCUUUGAUUACUUGAUGAUUGGCUCAUACAUGCAAGAUCAUGUUCGGGAGAUUGCUAUGCGAAAUUUUUCUUCAACGCAUCAACUUUCCUUCACCGUUUUUUCGUUCAAGUUGAUUAGAGAUUUAGAUCCGCCGCUUUAAAA